AUGGCUCAGACCAACAGUCAAGCCAGAAAGGAUGAGGAGUCUGCCCUGGUGCAUUCCAGAGAGCUGCCUGACCUGGAGCAAUCUAAAGAUUUCAGGGAGACGGAAUCGGAAGAGCCUACCUUAGGACGAUCAUUUGAGCUUAACCGAAAGAAUCUGGCUAUACUUGCUGCUUCUGUGAUCGUAAUUGUACUAAUUAUAGUUUUUUCAAUACUAAUAUUCAGCACCAAAAAUCCGAAAAUCCGAGUGCGCUCCGCUGUGGUUCAGAAUCUCAACUACAGCACCUCUUCAAACCCUUCAUUCAGCAUGAGAUUUGUUACUGAAAUGACAGUCAAGAACCCAAAUUUUGGUUACUUCAGAUACGGAAGCACCAAUGUUACUUUCGCUUACAGGGGCGUACAGCUUGUGCAGGUCUUAGUCCCAGGGGCAAGAAUCAGGGGUUUUGGCACAGGAAAGAUAACUGCGACAAUGGACUUGAAUUCAAACAAUGUAAGAAACGAUACAAAUCUAGGCAGUGAUAUCAGGUCGGGGUUUUUGACGUUGACCGGUCAGUCCAAAAUGAACGGUAAGGUGUAUUUGAUGUCUUCAGGAAAAAGGAGGAAGGUGAACGGUAGGAGGAGAUAUGCAGCCAUGAACUGCACCCUUACGGUUAAUUUGGCAGAAAAAUCGGUCCAGGAUAUAAAAUGCCCUCAGAGCCCUGCUGCUGUGUGA